AUGCAAUUAAAUUAUUUGAGUUCUUUGUUAUUAUUUUUAUCUCUUUUGGGGAUUAACCUUGUCAGAGGUCAAGGUCUGAUUUUAGAUGAUUAUGAAGAACAAGAAGAACCAGUCCCAACAGAAAAACCUUAUACUUCAAUUAAUUUGGACAUCGUUUAUAACAUCGAGGAUAGAGAGGCUCCAGCAACUCCAACUGAUCCAAUCUCUUUUGAUCAAAAUGAAGUAGUCAUGUUGAAUUAUACACUGGUCAACAAUGAAGAUUGUGAUAUCUCCAUUGUCGGUGUCUCUGGUGAAAUUCUAAGUUAUCCUAGCGGUGAAUCUGUCACAAAGAUCAGUUUUGGUGAAAUGGAGAACUUAUACGCUAAACCUAAUGAAACUUUACAAUUUAGACAAAAAAUCGUCAUUAAUCUAGAACCUGGUAUGUACUAUUUAUUCCCAAUGAUUCAUGUCACUAAUGAAACUGCAGCAGCAAUCGUCAAGGAAAACCCUGAUUUGGCUGAAAUAGAAGACAUUGACGCUACUCCAAAAAAUGUGGUUGUCAAUUCAACCAUUUUAAACAUCGAAGAACCUUUGAUGUCAAUCUUCAAUCCACAAUUCUUAUCUAUUCAACUUAUCAUUUUGGUUAUCGCUGGUGGAUUGUCCUAUUUCUAUCUAAACAAAAAUGGUAAAUUGAACACCGAAAAAAAUAAUUUUAAGAACACUGGUAAAAGAGAUCCAAUGGAAUGGUUGCCAGAACAAUACAAGAAAUAA